AUGCGCCACUUCCGAGAAAUAAGAUUUUUAAACAAAGUGUUAUCUGCUUUUAGGGAUUUGUCCCGAGGGCAGAUCUCGGAUAUAGAGAAGAAGGACCUCGAAGCCUACAAGAACUUACAUUUCCUGUAAGUAGUUCAUUAUUAAAAAUCCCACACUACUCGGUGAACCAUUUUACGAAACUGUUUAUUGGUGUCAUAAGCUUAUUUAAAACAAUUUCGCUCUUUUAUUUAACUUAAGCUUACUUGACUUUAAUAGCUUUUAAUGCGUUUUAUCUAUACAGGGAUAUAAGACACAACCAAAUAAAAAGUGUCUCUCCAGGUUUAUUCAGCGAUAUGACAACUUUGAGGGAACUGUAAGUGGCCUGAUGAUAAUAAGAGCUAUUUUUUAUGCCAAAUAUUUAUGAUUGAAACUGUUACAUAAAUAGUUUUCGGACGACGCCACUUAACAAGCUGCCUGCCUCAGCAACAGGGUCAUCUGAGUAUUAGUUUGAAACUUAUGUGCCAAAGGCCCAAUGAGAAAAGGCUGAAGGUUUCGAAAUGUUGUUCACAGGCAGGUUGUUAUUCUAUGUGGGCACAUUGUUAAAUCAAAAUAUGUUUUCUGUGUUCGCAGUUUGCUUAACAUCUAUGAUUGUUAUGUUUUCGUGUUAAAUAAACCGCCUUUAUAUUGCAUUACCCACAAUUUUUAUAUUGUGUUUAAAUAAUCUACAACUGUUAUAAAAAUACUUUUGUUUUAGGUAUGUUUCUUAUAAUCCAUGGUCAUGUGACACAACAACGCUUCAUGUAUUGCAAAUGGAGCUAAUUGCUCUGGCAGACAAGAACUCACAUCUCAAUAACUUUGAUGGUGGUAAAAUGGAGUGCUUUGAUCCACCAAACAUGAAAGGAAAAAAGCCAUUGCAUUCAGCUCAUUGUAAGAAAAUAUUUUUUGUUUUACUGUAUCUGCAUAGAAGUAAACUGUAUUGGGUCAAAUGUGUACUUCUUUUCAAGCUGUAGGCAACGGUACUGAAGGCUUUGUCUUCCUCUUUAUACUUGAGGUUCAGUGCAAUGGCGCAGCUGACUUGUCUCAACAGUGGUUGGCCAGGCCAGGGAUUGGGGGGAUUGUUUGGGGCAUUCAAAACAGGGUUGUUAAAAACAGGUGCGAGAUUAAAGCUUGAGCUGUAAUAUAGACUCACUGUUUCUCUUUGAUUAUAAUAGAACACUCCUGAGAGUGGUAUUGGAGGCAAAAAGAAUCUUGCAAUAUGUGCAUGAUGUUCCCGGAAGUUUUCCAAAUUAGGAGUUAUUAAGAAAGGUUCAGAGAAUUUCAUCAGUAAAAUUCCAGGAAGUAUCAACCUUCAAGAAAUUCCAAACAAAACAUUGUUGGGGACAGCACGUAUUCUAUGAGAUAAAACUACAUGUAUGCAUGUAAUUAUAAAUCAAACCACUAUCAAUAAAAGAAAAUUGUAUUUUUUUUACUAUAGCAACAGUCAAGGUCCUACAUGUGCAUAAACUUAUGAAAGGACGUAUGGCUGAUCAACACCAGAUCCCUGCUGGAGUAAUAGUACUGUCAGUAUUCUUGGUGAUGUUACUGUUCACUGCUGUAGGUGGAGCUGUCUGGGUGUUCAGAGAAAACUUACAAGACUUGUUCAUGUGAGUCACCAAUAAUCACCAAAAAAGGUGGUCUUUUACAGCGUUCACACAGUCUUGAAAAGUCCUUGAAUUUUAAGUGAAGUCAUUGAAAAGUCACUCAACUCCAUUUAUCCUGCAAGUCCUUGAAAAUUCCUUGAAUUUUCGUCAGCUUUGAAUGUAGUGACCUGGAAAGAAUUCUUUGAUGCUUUUUUUUGGCGCUCUGUCUUAAGCAAUAAUUAACUAUCAGUUUACGACAAGUGAACUGAAAGAAUGUAGAGAAGUUAGUGAAGCAAACAGUUCAAGCCUUAAAGUCUUAUUAGAAUAGACUGGGAAUGUGCUAGCCUGAAUUUCAUCCGAUUACUUUGAGUCGUUAUUACUCCCUCAGAGGAGAAAACAACUCGAAGCAAUUGGAUGAAUUUCAGGCUAGGAAUGUGCAUUUUUGUACAAUCUGUGAAAUUAUAUUCCUAGUAGUUGGUCCUUGAAAAUCUAAUGUGGUCCUUGAAAAGUCCUAGAAAGGAGUUGAAAAAUGGUUGAAAUUUUUUGUAUGAACCCUGUUUUCGCAUAAAACAUGUUGCCUUUGCCGAAACCAUUAAGUCUAACUGCUGAACUCAUGGUUUAUUCUAUUUACUUUAUGUAAAAUUCAUAAAAAACAUGACAGUUAACAUGAUCAUGGGGGGUCAUCAUAUACUAGCAUGCAAGUCAAGGGUUAGCAGAUUUACAAAAGGUUACUCUCUGAAAUUUGAACAGGGCCAUUCUGUCCUAAGAAUCUGUCUGCCUAUUGUUGCGGGGUAAAGGCUGAAAACCAUAUUUUCUCAAUUAAACCCCCACUAGCUUUUAAUUCAUUCUUAGUCUUGCAGACUCGAGGUUAAAUGUUUGAAUUUAUAGUUUGUUUGGGUAUGCUGUUUCUAAAGAAUAGUUUUUAGGCCUUUUUCUUGAUAACCCUGUAUCUUGCCUUUACACCAUAAGUUGGCACAAAUUAACGUCUUAGGGGUUUAUUUACAACUUCCCAUUUAAGACCCAGGGUUUACUCAUUAAACUAUAUAAAAAGAAUGGUAUGUUUACAUUUGCCUUGAUUCGAUUCAUAGGAAUGUUUGGAGACUCAAGCCUCAGAGUGAUCCAGCAAACAAAAUGGAAGCAGGUGAGAUGUACAAGGACCUGCUAACUUCUAAAACAAGCAGCAACAAAGGAGUAGUUGAUGCAGGGAAGGAAACAAAACCUAAUGGCCAACUUGAUAACAAAAGCAUUUUGAUUGACAAGAGGAAAAAAAGGAGUCACAAGUCACAGGGCCUUCCAGCCUCUCGUAACAGUGCAUUAUGUUCUGAUAACAAAGCAGCAGGUAUUCCAGCAAAAAACAAGAAAACUCCUGAUGAGCUGAACAAGAGACGCAUUUUGUAUGAGAAUAUGAAAAAGCGGCGCCGCAUGUCACAGGGUCUUCCAGCCUCUCAGAGUAACAGUGCAUCAAGCUCUGAUGAUGAAGCAACUGUUAAACCAGCAAACAACAAGAAAACUCCUGAUGAGUUAAGUAAGAAAAGCAUUUUCAAGGAGAAUAUGAAAAAGAGGCGUCGCAUGUCACAGGGACUUCCAGCCUCUCAGAGUAACACUGCAUCAAACUCUGAUGAUGAAGCAAGAGUUAAACCAGCAAACAAGAAAACUCCAAAUGAGUUAAGCAAAAAAAGCAUUUUGAUGAAGAAUAUGAAAAAGUGGCAUCGCAUGUCACACGGCCUUCAAGCCUCUCAGAGUCAAAGUGCACCAAGCUCUGAUGGUGAAGCAACUGUUACACCUGCAAACAACAAGAAAACUCCUGACAAGUUAGACAGUGACACUGUUCUGAUUGACAGUAUGAAAAAGAGGCGUCGUAUGUCACAGGGUCUCCCAACUACUGAUGUUAAGGGGGAAUCAAACUCAGAAAAUGAAGCAGAAGUUAACUCAACAUGUAACCUUGAAGAGAGAAUGAGCAGACAGAGGCGACAAUCAUGUGGUUUUGCAGAGGGAGAAAACAGCAGCUUUAGUGAAGAAGAUAGUGGAUUCACACCACAGUAG